GAACCCUUAACCUAUAACCCUUAACUUAUAACUAUAACUAAUCCAUAACCUAUAACUACAACUAUACUAACCCCUAAACUAUUACUAAAACUUACCCAUAACCUCUAUCGAUAUUAAUAUAUAAUUAUUUCUAACCCUUAACCUAUAACUAACCCGUAACCUAGGAUUAUAACGAACCCACCUAUAUAACAUCUAUAAUAACCCUUAAUCUUUAACUAGAACUAACUCUUAAACCUAUAUCUAUACUUACACUUUAACUAUAAUUAUAAGUUACUCUUGACCUAUAACUAUAAAUAAACCGACCCUUUACCUAUAAAUAUAUCUAUAAACUUAAUAAAUAACACUAACAUAAAUGUAACUAUAUAACUAACCUUUUACCUAUUCCUAUAACUAGCCUAUAACUGUUAAACUGUGUCCGCGGUGGUCUUAAAAGUCUUAAAAAGUCUUAAAAUUCAUUUUUCUAAAUUUAAGGCCUUAAAUUCUUCAAAAAUGUCUUAUGCUGGUCUAAAAUAAAUAACUCGGAGGUCCUAAAUUUAUCGGGGCAGGGCUAUUUUAUUUUUUAUUUUUCUUGCGGGACUUUUCGGGAUGGAGAUGAGAGGCUACUUUCUUGCUAGCUGCAUAAACGGAUGUCUGCGCACUUGCUAGCUAGUCUGCAACAAUGGGUAAAUGCAAGUUCAACGUCAGUUGGCUGGAAGACGUCCGUUUCCGAGGUUGGCUAGCGUCCGUUGCCAACCCAGAACAGGCCAAAUGCAUUCCGUGCAAAAGUACAUUCAAGCUCGGCACCAUGGGGAUUAAGGCUGUCGUCAGCCAUAUGCAGAGCCAAAAACAUAAAACCUCUGCCAGGAGCCACACACAGACCCCAGCCAUUUCUACGUUUUGCAUCUCUGCCCCGGCGCCACCGCCGCAGACGGUCCGCGCUGCUAGCACUGACCUGAGGGUAGCAUUUGGUGCGACACCAACACUAAAAGCGGAGGUGUUGUGGAUUCUAAACACAGUGGUCAAGCACCAGUCCUACAACUCGAAUGAGGGGAUAGGAAAUCUCUUCGGUUUGAUGUUCCCUGACUCUCAAAUCGCGAGCACCUUUACCGCUGGAAAGGACAAAACGGCGUAUAUAACUCGCUUCGGACUAGCGCCUUUCAUCCGAAACGAGCUAAUCUGCAGCGUCAACAAGGCUGAUUUUGUUUGAUGAAACGUUGAACCACGCCACUAAAAGCAAGCAACUUGACGUGCACGUCCGAUAUUGGGUCGGAGAUCAAGUGCAUUCCCGGUACUUGGGCUCGCAAUUCAUGGGACACGCAACAGCCCGAGGUUUACUGCACCACUUCAAAGUAAGUAAUAUACAUUUUUUUCAAUGAUUAAUUGUUAACUUUAUAUGCAUUUUGGCAAUUUCAUUAUGCAGGCCUAUUCAGUAUAAUGGUCGGCCUAAUAUAGGGAAUGAUGACAUGUGUGUGCGCGUGUGCUUGGGGGCCGUACAUAUACUUAUGUGUGUGUGUGUCGGCAUGUGUGUGCUUGCAUAUGUUUAAUGCAAAUACAUAUUAAUAAUAAUAAUAAUAAUAAUACAUUUAAUUUAGACAUUGUGAAAAAACAAGACAUUGUGGGAAUAAAUAAACAUAAUAAAUAAAAAAUAAAUAAAACAAAAACAAGACAAAACAAAACAAACAAACAAUCAAAACAGUGAUCAGUUAGACGUUGUGUGCGAGUUUGAACAGGUGAGUUUUGAGUUGUGACUUGAAGGUUGUAAUGGUGUCUGACUGUUUGGGGGGGGAGGGAGUUCCAGAGCCUGGGUGCUGAACAGCUGAAUGACCGGGCACCCAUUGUAGUGAGUCGUGAUAUGGGGAUACAUAGUAGUCCAGCAGAGGUUGAGCGGAGGAAGCGGGAGGGAGUGUAUUCUUGGAGGAGGUCGCAGAGGUAACUGGGGGCUAGGUUGUGGAGAGCUUUGUAGGUGAGGAGUAGGGUUUUGUAUUGGAUGCGGUAGUGUACUGGGAGCCAGUGAAGUUGGAUGAGGACAGGGGUGAUGUGGUCAGAUGAUUUGGUGCGGGUGAUGAUCCGGGCGGCUGAGUUCUGAAUGAUCUGCAGUCUGUUGAUGAGUUGGUGGGGAGUCCGGUGAGGAGGGCGUUGCAGUAGUCUAUGCGUGAUGCAGAGGUUGGGCUAGACUUUUUCAUUGUCCGUCAUUUUGACGGACAGGGUCGUAAAAAAUCCGUCAUUGUCCAUUUUUAUCUGUCAUUUUAUUUUAACUUUUAAAUGGUAAUAUAGGCCUAGGCCUAAUGCUUAUAUUCAAUAGCCUCACUUGUUUUUAUUGACUUAUUUUCAUUAAAAAAAAUAAUUCACAGAACAAGCGUGUUUCAAUAAUAAUUAAUAAUUUAUUUAUGCAUUUCUUUCUGACGGUGAGAACUCGAUUUUUCCGCUUUUAAAACAUUGCGGCUGUUGUGCCUUAACAUAGAACGAUGUAUGGGCUGUAGGCCUAAUGGGCUAUUUUUAGCUGAACGAAGACAAUUAUAGUGAAAAUGAACAGUCCACUUAUAAUUCUUGGUAAUCUUCUGUAGGCAGCUCAAACUUUCCUUCUUGCCCGCAUGGAUUUGAAAAGUGUGCUUGCUUGCUUGAAAUCAAACGUAUCGAUGGAUACUGCUGCCGAGGUGAUUGUCAUUAGAUGCUGCGUCUUUGCCUCCGACAGACGACUUCUCUUGGCGGUUUUUAUGUUAUUUUGAAGGCUGAAUCCGCGCUCAGCUGCAACACUUGACACUGGGAUAACCAGCGCCACUUCAGCCAGCGCUCUAAAAUCGGGAAACAUUUCCCCUAGCGAAGUGAUGAGCAGCCGACAGGAGCCCCUGAACGAGGGAUUUCCCGACCCUGCCAGCACUCUCUUCAUCGGGAGAAAAUCCCUCUGCAUGCGGUCAUUCUCAACCAGUGGUGCAGCUGCACCCCGCGGUGACCCGUAGUGGGCACAGACGCGCUCCAAUGCCUCUAGUCCGUGGGUCUUCAACGUGCUGUCAGCUGUAGGAUAGCGCGAGGCGUUGAGCACGGUGUCGAGAUCUGCGAUGAUUCCAGGGAAACAGCCUACUGAAACAUAGCUACAUAGGUAGAUAGCCUAGCCUACUGCAGCCUAGGCUACAUCUCAGACUGUGCUAAUGGUUUUAAAUCGGAGCAUGGCUUUGAGCGCGAUGGAGCUGAACACUUGCUCAGCUGGCUACAAUGUAUCGACCCACUGAACACCAGAACUGCCGUAACUUCGGCUCAGUUUGAAAGUUGGUGUCGGCAAUGAAGCUUAUGUAGAGUAAGAAAACUGUCACAACUUGCCUGUUACUUCAAUUGUGAUUUUUAUUCUUAUGUUUAUUAUUGGUAAUGGUCAUUGUAAAAUCCGUCAAAAUGACGGACUGCCUUCAGAUUUUUCCGUCAUAGUUAAAAAAUAUCCGUCAAUGACGGACAUUUGUCGGUUAACGCGACCUCUGGCGUGAUGUGACAAAUGAGUGAACUAGGAUUUCAGUGCUGGAUUGGGUCAGUGAUGGGCGGAGUCUGGCGAUGUUGCGGAGGUGGAAGAAUGCACCUCCGCAACAUGAUGGUGAUGUUGUGAAUAUGGGGUGCGAAUGAGAGGGUGCACUGUUGUCCAGGAUGACGCCGAGGCUCUUGACUUUGGAGGAGAAGGGUACUGGGAAUCCAUCGAUGAUUAUGAGUGGAGCUGGGGUGUGUUGUGAUUUAGUGAGGGUGGAUUUGGAUCCGAUGAGCAGGGCCUCGGUCUUGUUUCCAUUGAGUUUCAGGAAGUUCCUGCUCAACCAGCUCCGGAUCUCUUCCAGGCACGUGAUGAGGGAGGUUGGGGGGGAUGGCAGCGGUGGGUUUGGUGGAGAUGUAGACCUGUGUGUCUUCAGCGUAGCAGUGAAAAUGGACCCCAUGGUGACGGAGGAGUGUGCCCAGCGGGAGGAGGUAAGUGGUGAACAGGAGUGGACCCAAGACUGACCCCUGGGGGACACCCAAUGAGACACCUGAACACCCAGACUUGUGGUUGCUUAGUUGAACAAAUUGUUGACGGCCGGUGAGGUAGGAUGUAAACCAGGAGAGUGCAGCACCAGUGAUCCCAAUGCCAGCCAGGCGGUCCAGGAGCAGAGGGUGGGAGAUGGUGUCGAAUGCUGCGCUGAGAUCGAGGAGGAUGAGAAUGGAGUGUGUGGAGGAGCUGAAUCUGAGGAACAUGGUGUCUAUCUCAAUGGAUGGACCCAAUGUAAAUUGGAAAUUCUUUGAGCUUCUACAGCAAGAGCACGCUGAGCAGUAUGGUGGUGUCCAGCUGGUGAAUGUGGGUAGCUGUGGCCUCCACACCCUACAUAACGCAUUCAAAUGUGGAUUCUCUAUGUGGCAACUGGAGAAGAGUAUGCUUAGGCGUUUUGUCAAGAGGGAGCAUCUCCAAAACAUCACUCCACUGCAGCUGGUGAGGCUGGAUGUCGCUUACCAAAAGAUCUGGGUCAACUUGAAGGAAGCUGACAUAGGCUUGGGUGCAGAGGCAGCCCUGAAGGACCUCCAGAGAAAGAACAGCAUAGGAGAGCUAACUGCCCUAGAGUUUAGGAAGGACUGCGUGAAGGGUAUGUCAAAUAUCCUAAAGAAAGUCCAGGACAAGAGCCCCCUGAAGUACCCUGUUGUGAGACAGGUGGCAUGCCUGGACCCCACAGCCAUGUACUCCGACCCGGACUGGUGCCAGGGAAGAAUGAGAAGUGUAGUGCAGAAAUUCCUCCAAGACAAGCAGUUGUCCAGAGGUGUCUGCUGGUAUGAAUAGUUCAUAGAAUAGUUUUAAUGUCUUUCCUGAUUAUAAGGAACAAUUGGACAUAAGACCAUCUGCUUAUAUCAUAAUUAAUCAUCUAAAUAAGAUUUCACAUAUUUCCUUUCAUCUGUUUUAUUACAGGUGAUGUGAUUAUCCAACAGUUUGGGAACUUCAUGUCUGUCGAGGCUAAAAGUGAGCAGUUUUUGUCCUUCCGGCCCAUAGAAACCAGGCUUGAUGUGUUUCUGCAUGGCUUUCUCAGCCAACCCUACCCUGGGCUUUGGGGUUUCUGUCAGAAGAUCCUACUGUUAUCCCAUGGGCAGGCAACGGUCGAGAGAGGCUUCUUGAUUAAUAAGGAGGUGGAGACUGUAAGCCUUAAGGAGGACACUGUCAUUGCCCAGAGACUGGUAUGUGACUACGUUGCCGUUUGUGGGGGGGUUGCCAAUGUCCCUCUCACCAAGGAGCUGCUGACCUCGGUGGGAUCAGCAAGGUCAAAAUAUAGAGAACACCUUGACCUGGAAAAGAGGAAGAGCCAAGGCGCUGCACAAGGGCAGAAGAGGAAAGCUGCAGAAGAAAACAUCGCUGAGCUUAAAAAGAAAAAGAAAACUCUCCUGGAGGUAUGUGGCUCUCUGGAAAAAGAUGCUGACCUGUUUGCCGAGCAAGCUGAGGGUAAGUCCGGCACCUUGAUGGCUUAGCUCAUUACGAAAUCAAACAUCCUCAGGAAGAGAUGCAAGGAAAAAUUAAGUGAGCUGAAAAGCAUUGAGGCAGAACUGGGGAUUAAAGCCACAGAACUGAGGCUCAUAACGUGUGUGUGUGUGUGCGCAGUAGGUCCAUUCGUUUUUUUUUGUUUGAGGUUUGCAGCUGCACUUGUUAUUUCGUGAACCACAGAGCACACUGCUGUUUGACUCAAUGUACUUAAUUUGUUAAUUAAUUUGUUGUUUGUAUAUUUUGUAUUUUUGUAUAUUAUUUUGUAUACUUCUUGGUCGGGAACAUGCACUUGUUCUUACAGUUUUUGAACCAGAGAGCACUGAGUAUCACUUUAUGUUCAAUAAACAGACAGAAAGUAAACUUGAAUGAGUCUCAUUGAGUGACACACAUGCUAUGCUUGGGUUGUAAUACAGCGGGAUCCCCCCGCCAUCGCAGGUUUAAGGUCUUAAAUUUCAUUCAAGGUGGUAUUAAAAAGGUCUUAAAAAAUCUUAAAUUUGACUUGCUGAAACCCGAUACCCUGUUACCCUUAAUCUAUAAAUAUAUCUAUAAACUUAAACCCAUAACUCUAGUAUAGUUCAGUUGUAUGUUCAGCUGGUUAAAGGAGAGGUUAU